AUGAAAGUAAGCGAAACGGGAAGCAAAGCGAGCAGCAAAGCGAGCAGCAAAGCGAGCAGCAAAACAAGAAACGAAAAAUACCAAACAUAUAAUGCUCACAUAAAAGUGAACAAAUUGAAUGCAUCAAAAGAAAAGAAAAAUGCUAGUGCACUAUAUUAUGAAGAGAGUCGUAACAACGCUUGUGCAAAUGAGAAUUUAAGAGGACAAGAAGAAAAUAAAAAAGCAGUUUCAAAAAUAUUAGAGCAGCUAAGUUCAGAUAAGAAGGAGCACACAUUAAUAAAACAAAUUAGCUCUGUUGUUGAUUUUUUGAACAAAAACAAAUCGCUCGUUUUGCCAAAGGAAGAUAAAGAAAAGAGUACAAAGAAAAUAGAAGGCAAAGAGUCUGUGCGCACAGACCUAGAAAAGAACAAGUCCCUGGUGAAAGUUAAUAUCAAUAACGAUGAAAGAAAUAAAAGAACUGUUUUUGUUGGUAACCUCCCUUUGAGGAAUAUGAGGCCGUCAAAAUUGCUAAAAAUUUUGAAUGUUAAAAAAUCUACUGUAGAAGCGGUGAGGUUUCGUUCUCAGCCGAUAGAUGAAAAGUACGUUAAUAAAAAGAAGUUAGGUGUUAUAUUGAAGAAGUUUACUGAUGCUAAAGAUAACAUGAAUGCAUUAAUAACGUUGAAGAAUAAAGAGGAUGUCCAUAUGCUUUUGGAAAAAAGUGGGACUGUAUAUGAAGGUUAUGUAAUAAGAAUUACCAAGCUGGGGGAUGAAAAUUUUUUUAACAGGAAAAAGUCUGUAUGUAUAAAAAAUUUACAUAAAAAAUUAAACGAAAGGGAUUUAUAUGAAGUAAUGAAGGAAAUAGAUGAGAUUAAAGGAAUUCGAAUACUACGAGACGAGAAGACAAGUUGUUCGACGGGGGUAUGUUUUGUUCUCUUUAAGAACAGAAGCUCCGUUAAAAAGGCUAUUGAGAUGUUCAAUGGAAAAGAAAUAAAUGACAGGAAAGUUAUCGUUCAGAGGGUGCUUGAUCAUAAGGAAAAAUAUAAGGCAGAGGGUGAGCACACAAUUGUAAAAAUAAAAUGUAUAUAA